AUGAAGAUUCUGAAGUACAAGACUAGCCUUAUGUUCCCAGACAUCGGGCCAGAAAAGCAGCCACCAAGUUUCGAGGCUAUCGAUCUGAUUCGGUCUCUGCUGACCGGCAAGGAGCGUCGACUUUGUUCACGCAAGUACGAGCUGAACGACUACACGACACAGCUCAUCGCUGGGCGACCCAUUAGGUUUCCUGCGGACAAGAGCAACAGGAAUUACCAGGGCUACUUCGUCUACGCUGACGAUGCUGAUGACCUGAAGUGUCAUGCGUACUUUCGACACAUACCCUGGGACGACCUCAUUCAUCGUCGACCCCCAUUCGUACCAAGAGUCAAUGGAUGGGAAGAUACUCGGUACUUCGAUGAGGACCAGCCGAUCUCCGACAUUGACGAGAACUCUACCGAAGAUGAAGAGGAUGAUAAGGAGAACCAGACUCCAGUUGCGGCUCCUGGCUCGAAAGCAUCAAGUCAGCAUCAGCAGGAAGAUCAGCAGAUAGUGCCAUCUUUGGCUCUCAAGUCUCCUCCGGCGACACCACAGGAGCAGUUUCAGAAUCCUCUUAUGACACCCCCACCCACUGCUGGGAAGCUUCCAGGGUCGCAGACGCUUGUCGAUAGCCCAUGCAAGUCGCCGCGCAAGAUCAAGAAGGAGAAGAAACGUCCUCGUGACAAGAUUCUGCGUGAUCCCAAAGUCGGCAAGGAAGCUUUGCAGGCUCGCAAAGAGGGCGCGUUCAUGGGCUACUCGUAUCGCAAAGCAAAGGGCAUUCAAGACGUGCUUGAUGAGAUAUUGGAGGCACAAUUCCCGGGCUGGACUCUGGACGAGGCCAGUGAGAAUGUCAAGCAUAUCGUUGGCGGUACUGCGAAGAAGGAGACCGUUGGCCUCGAUACUGGUGCAACGGUUGGAGAAAAGAUGUUGCUGCCUCCUCCGAUGCAGGCUGGUGGUGUCACUGUUGCUUAG